AUGCACAAAGAGCUUUACAAGUUCGUAAACGAGGCGCCUCAGAAGACUCCAACUAAAUUGAGUUCCGCCUCACCGCGGAAGAUCCGCCUCGCGAGGUCCGAGAGUAUAGGGGAGGAGGUGGAGCAACCUGGCGAUGAACAGCCUGUGAUGCCCCCCACAGACAUCGAGGCCCUCCUGUCGUGUCCCCGCGGCCCCGAGUCCCCCCUCCCCCGCCGCCGGGCCCCCUCUCCCCCCCGCUCCGACUGUAAGCGUGUCGCUCGAGCUGUCAUCGAGUUCGCCAAGUGCUGGAUGAAGUUCGUGGUGGAGAGAUGUGACCGAGGACGAGGACUUAGGCCGAGAUGGGCCAGUCAAGGAUUGGAGUUCUUGAUGCUGGCCUGUGAUCCGUGCAACACCAAGCAUCUCACUGACGAGGAGUUUGAGGAUCUGAAGCAGCUGAUGGACGGAUGCAUCUCACACGUGAUCGGCUCACGGGCCGCCUCCUCACCCGCACCGCCGCGGACCAGGCACCGGCUACAUAGCCCCCUCCCCCCGUGCCCCGCAGCCUUCCCGCCUUCCGAGAGAGACGCGCCGCUGUUACUACACAGGCUGGACGAUAACGUAUACAGCAAGCGUAUCCUGGAGGCGGUGCAUCAUCUAGACGAGUCUCGGGACCAGAAGCUCCGCGAGGCCAAGUCCGUGGGGCGCGUGCUGGAGUCAACUAUCAGGAGCUACGAACCCAAACUGAGACAACUGACCUUCAAGUGGCAGAGGGGACUUAAAAUAGGCGCCGGGACCUUCGGCAAGGUGUACACGGUGGUGAACACUGAGAGCGGGCAGGUGCUGGCCAUGAAGGAGCUGAGUGUGGGCGCGGGCGACCGGCGCGCGCUGCAGCGGGCCGCCAACGAACUGAGGGUGCUGGAGGGAGCUGUACACCCUCACCUCGUGAGGUACUACGGCUGUGAGCUGCACCGGGAGGAGAUGUUAAUCUUCAUGGAGCUAUGUGUGGAGGGGUCGCUGGAGGCCCUGGUAGCCACGUCCGGUCCGCUGGCCGAGCACACCACGCGCCGCUACACCAAGCAGCUAGUCAGCGCUAUCACCGAAUUGCACAGUCGGUCUAUCGCUCACAGGGAUAUUAAGAGUGGUAACAUAUUCCUAACGAACGAGGGUCACUGUCUCAAGCUGGGUGACUUCGGGUGCGCCGUCAAGAUACGGGCCAACACCACCGCGCCCGGGGAACUACAGGGUUUCGUGGGGACUCAGGCCUACAUGGCCCCAGAAGUGUUCAUGAAAUCUUCGGGUCACGGCCGCGCAGCAGACAUCUGGUCUCUAGGAUGUGUCGUCACUGAAAUGGCCUCUGGGAAGCGGCCGUUCUCAGAAUACGACAGUAACUACCAGAUAAUGUUCGUGGUGGGUAUGGGCGGCAGGCCUCACGUGCCCGACACGCUCUCCGAAGAAGGACAGAUGUUCUGCCUCAGCUGUCUCACACACGACCCCGACCAGCGGCCCAGGGCGGAGGCUCUCAGUCUGCAUCACUUCUUGAUGGUGAAAUCUGACGACGACUGUAAAUGUGAACCGGCGUACCUCAUAACAUAG